AUGUGGACAUCGGAGUACAGCAAUCAACGGCCACCAUUAAGCGAUACCACAUCUUCUAUUCACACACGAGACGAUAACGUUAUACAUCGGGUUCUAUCUGAAGUUGGCUUAAAUCCGAAAGACUUUAUCUACGGCGAAACAGGUGAAAACGGUUCUCAAAGCCAACAAUCCUAUCAACCCUCUAACAACGGCUCGAGUUCUGUCGGAAAAUCUUAUCCAUCUCACAACUACCAAUCACCACAGCAAUCUCAACCACCUAGAGAAGACUCUGAGCAAAGACUAUCCGGACGAAACGAACUCAAUUCAGCGUUCAAAGAGCUUCCACACACAUCUUCUAAAUCAAGUACCAGAGGCGACUCAAAUUAUCCAAAUAAUUCUCAGUUUGCUGCUAAUACCAUCACAUCUUUUGGACGACAACCAAGUUAUGGACAGCAGCCUCCUCCACCACCAGCUCAAAAUCAACAACAAUUUCCAUCAACACAGAAUCCAAAUCGAGGUCCGGCUCCAACAUUUUCAUCCAACUUUGAUCAACAGCGAUCACAACCACCUCCGGCUUCAUCACAAGCAGGGUUUGAUCAACGUCCGAACUCAAAUCAACAACAACCUCUUCCAAACGUAACUCAACCAACUUCAUUUAACCUUGCAAAUCGCUUAUCGCCAAAAUUAUUUACAAAACAAAACCAAACCAUUAUUGAUAAUCCACAAUCUAUGGACACAACGUCAGCUGACCGAUAUAUGCGACAGAUAGAUUCACAUGAAAAUCCUCCUAUUCGAGUUGUUAAACCGAACGCACAAAAUGUUGUUUAUCGAAAAGAAAUUCGAAUACGAUAUCUACAGCCACCAACUCCACCGCCACCCGCACCGAUUAUUAUUCGAGAAAAACAAGCGCCCGCGCAUCCACCUCAAUCCCCUUUGCUGAUAAGAGAACGAAAAGCUGAAGCUCAUACGCCACCACCAUUGACAAUCAGAGAAAGACCUCCGACACCUCCACCACCUCUUGAACCUCAUAUUAUCGAAAAGACCUUGCCACCGGGUCCAGUACAGCCACGACAAAUUAUUAUCGAGCGUUUACCGACUCCACCACCAAAACCCAGAACGGUUAUUUUUGAAAAAUGGUUACCAUACAAAAAAGUAAAACGCCCUGUUCUAUUACAAAAAGCACAACCCCCAGCACCAGUUAAACCCGUGCGAAAUGUUAUUAUUGAAUAUGAACCAUUAAAAGCAUUCACUGUUCGACGUGUUAUUGAAGAAGGUGUAUUCCGAGUUGAUCCGCAUACUUAUAUAACGCAACAACCACAAUCAGGCAUCGGAGAUGUACGUAUUGUUGAACGCAUAGAAGAUCUUCCACCUCCAAGUGAGCAAUUGAUGCGUGUACUGGAUGAUUAUAACCACGAUCACUCAUCACAACGGAAUUAUCACAAUAAUACUACUACUCAUUCACCUAUCCCACACAGUUAUAAUCAGUUUCAUGAACAAGAAGUUAAACCACAAGGUUUAUCCUCCACUUUAGCAAAUUUAUUCGGUGGAAGAUCGAACCCAGUACAGCCAAACACAUCACAAGGACCGUUAGGAAGCAAUUUAGCAGACGUCUCACGAGCAUCAAACAUACCGGCUAAUCGGCAAGAAAGAGUAUUGUCUGGAUAUAAUUCUUCAAUACCAAGCCCCACUGUUAUACCUCUUGGAAAAAAAAGUUAUCACCGUGAACAUAGCAAUUCAGGUGAUAGUUCUACUGAGGAGCGUGUUUACUAA